AUGGCAUUCGCGCAGCCACCGCAGCAGUUCGCGGCUGGCGGAGCAGGCGCUCAGGGCAUGGUCAGGAAGGGCAGUGAAGCUCGACGAAAUAGCAGCUCUUCUGCACGACAAGAAGCUGCUUCGGAGCCGGCCAACAUGAGCUCUUUGCAGCAGAGUGAGGAUGUGGGUGGAUGGGCUCGACGCACUGCGAACAAUGUGGUGAUGACGGAGCGAGAAAGGAGUCGGUUGCUGCGGACAGUCUCUACUCUCAACAAGACCCAAGGUUCUCCGGCGGCUACGAAUCCGACGCACGCUGAUCGGAGAUCGGGAGAGGCAGCUAGUCGCUCGAAUGGCUCUGAGGGUACAGAGACGCCUCCAUGCUACGAGACUGCACUCGGCGCAGAUUCCAAUGCAGACUCUCUCUCGAAAGGCAAAGCCAAAGCAGCGAUGCUGCGAGCCAUCUCCAUCCCAAACAUCGCACGCGCAGUGCAGGGCAAGCUCAUCAGCCCCACAUCCGCAACUUCGCCAAGUUCUGCAACCUCCGCGCGGACAGCGCAGAACAGCGCCAGGGCAAGCUCGUCAUUCUCCAUCGAUGCUGGGCCUUCAACUCCCACCUCUCCUCAGCAAUCGUCGCGUAGCAGCCGGCACGUGCGCUCGACCUCGAGUGGUCUGCCUUUACACCCCUUGGCAGUUCCUGCCGGCACGAUUCCUCAGCCCAACGUCACUUUCUCGCUGCCUUCGAGCCCUACGAGAAGCCGGUCAUCGGCAGAAGCAGUUGCAGCGAGCGCAACACCGAUUGAAUGCGCGUCGGAGGAAGCGCAGAUAGCUACAACUCAAUCCGUGUAUGCGUCGUGCGGUGUGAAAGCCAGUGGGUGGGGUGGGCGCCGCGUGCACCUUUGCGGCUGA